UGGUUCUUGCGUUCCUUCCAAGCACAUGACCGCUCCAAGUCGUUCCUCUUAAGUAAACAAGUAUUUCCUCCGAUCACAAUGACAAGAUGUGAACGUGACACAGGUUGAUCCCCUAGUUUCCGACUUGGAAUACCGAGUUGGAUGACCAUUCAAAACUUUUUUUCCCCCACUCAGUGCUUCUUUUUACCAGAGUUCGCAGUUGUCGUGAACAUAUUGAAAUCAAAUGUCGGAGAUUUCCAAGUUCUCAGUUGUCUUGAACAAUGCAGAAAUUACUUUGAUGAGGAGGAUGCUACACCUGAAAACCUUUGGGAGUGAGAGAAGAUGGCGGCAUUAAACCGGCUCCUGAAAACAUGUAAUUUUAAACCAUUCGUAAUCUGAUUUUUGAAGUGCUAUUUUGGGGCGGCAGGUAGCGCAGUGGUUAGAGCGUCGGGCCAGUAAACCGGAAGGUUGCCGGGUCGAAUCCCAGAGUUUACAAGAUUCCUUGUUCUGCCCCUGAACAAGGCAGCUAACCAACCCACUGUUCCCCGAGCGGGAGAUAGAGUGAGAGACAGUUCAUGGAAUGCUGUGAUGUCAUCAGCUCAGUCCUACACAAAGGCAAGGAGGAGGACACACAAGCACACUCACUCUCCCGAGUAGUUACUCUGCCGUGGAGCGUCUGCACCCCCACUAUUCACCCAGCCAUGGCUGCCUGAUGAGGACUGAGGACGACUGACGUGUGUGUGUGUGGAGGGAGUGUCAGUGCAGAGGACGUCAGAGGAAGCUGUCUACAGCUUGUGUAUGUGACAGAGGAGCCUCAAUCUUCUCCUUCUCCUCAUGAAGCUUGUUUAGAAGCCAACACGUCUUCAGGAAACUGUCGACCCAAGGAGUCCGGACAGUACCCAUCCACACCCUGCUAGACUGGGCAACCUGCCGGAACAGCCCUUACCGCCUUACCCCUCCACCUCCAUCCCGCCACCACCAUGCUGCAGCAGAUACUAAAGGACAUGUACAUCGAUCCUGAUGUGCUGGAGGCCCUGAGCGAGGACCAGAAGAAGACCUUGUUCCUGAAGAUGAGACAGGAGCAGGUGCGGCGUUGGAAGGAACGCGAGGAGAAAGAAGACCAUAGACCAAAGCCGAGUACAGCCAACCGUAAGACUGUGAGCUGGUUGCUGGGCAGGGACGGUGAUGUGGCGGUCAUGGUGAUUGGAGAGGUGGACGAGCUGAAGACCUCUAAACUCAUCUGUUCUGGGCCCGUGGAGAGGAAAGCACCACCAAGCCUGCACAAUAGCACACGCCACCAGACAACCCCCCCGAAGAGCAACCUGGUAAACAGACCCGUCUCAGAAUCUGUCAGAACUGGGAGAGAGAGCCUGCUUCCCAAAACACAGCCAGGGAUACAGCUCAAUUUAAAGGAGAACACUGAGGAAGUGAGGACAUUGCCCCCUCUACAGGUGUCAGUGGGUGAGCAGCAGCCACCUGCAGCAGUGGACAAACAAGCUGAGUUGAAGCAGGAUUUAGAGGUCGAUGCUCCAGAGGAGAAGCCAGUCCUCUCUUCCUGCAGACCUCACUCAAGAGCUGGCACUGCCAACCCGAGGCUAGAUACCGCGCUGUCCCCUGUCCCCAAGAACUUCACCAUCACACCAUCCCCUGUCCUCAGCUCCACACCAUCCCCUGUCCCUACCAUCACACCGUCCCCUCUCCCCAGCACCGUAACAGUGUCUCCGGUCCCCGGCAUUGUCACACCGUCUCCUGUCCCCCGCAGCAAUGCCAUCCGAGACGCUCUAGAGAAGAGCGCUGCCAAAGCGCGCGCUUCAGUGAAGACCAUCACGCCCUCUCCUGUCCCUAACUCUGUCAAAACGUCCCCUGUUCCCAGUGUGACACCGUCCCCUUUCCCCAGCUCCACUCCAUCCCCUAUCCCCAGUGUCUCACCAUCCCCUGUCCCAAGCUCCACUCCGUCUCCUGUCCCUAGCAUCUAUUCACCGUCCCCUUUCCACAGGACCAUCGCUCCAUCCCCUGUGACUAGCAGCACGGCCAUAAGAGACGCUCUAGAGAAGAGCACCACCAAACCACACGGUCCGGAGAAGACGACCGUUGUCCCGCUGUCCAUCACAACCAGACUCCACCCCGAGGAGCCGGCUGAGCCCCGCCCCCAGGAGACACCCAGCAGCCGAGAUAUCCGUGUGAUGGCAGCCUAUCGCAGGGCCAUGUCUGAGGAUGUGGUGUCAGAGGGGGGCGGAGACACCUGUUCACGGAGUGGUCGGGUGGCUCAGCUGAUGAAGAACUUCUGCGUGAAGAGCCCCACGCCCCCUGCACAGAUCCCUCCUCCCCGCGGCAGCAAACCCCCCAUCCCCACCAAACCCAACCACCUGCACCUGGUUGCCAGCCCCUCACUCAGGUAAUCCACAGGGCCACCCGCUGUCCCCCACCACACCCCACCCAGGCCCCACUGAACACUGCUGGGCACCCAGCCUGGGUGUCUCAGCAACUGGGGACAAGGACGCAAGGAGGCAGGCCCCAAGGCUCUCAGGAACACAGCCAAACCUUUUGAUUCCAUUGCUCUUACUCCAAAAGCAAAGCAAUGAGAAUAGAGCUUUUGCCAUUUUUACCUGUGCCAUGUUUUAAUAGUUAGUUUUAUUUAGUAUUUUAAAUUGUACAGUACUGUAAAUUCUCUCUUUGGGGAAAGGUGAACCAAAAGCGUUGAUUGUAGAACAGCGUCUUCCUUUGUUUCCUGCUUUUGCCUCUUUAAUAUUCAAUGUAUUAUUGACCGUAUCACACCAUGUAUUCUUCACCUGUCGAUAUACUUUUUUACAUUUUAUUUUUUCAAUCUUGUCAUGUACAAAUACCACUUUUAUUGUUACAUUUGGCACACAGUACGGUCACAAAGCUUUGUGCAAUGUUAUCAAGGUCAUAAACCUGUUCUUGAGAUUGCAACAAAUCAUGACAAAUGUCAACUUAAAAUGACGCAGUACAUUUGCUUUCGUGGUUGAGAGCUGUUCCGUGUGCUGACAAAUGACAGAGCCACAUUGAUCAUACCCGCCUGUCAUGACCAAGGAGAUGGGUAAGAGUACAGUAUGGCUGGACGGUUGAAGCCGGAUGAGUGAGGGGAGGGGCUUCCUCCUUCGUCUACGGCGCUCCUCACCGGGAGUAGCACCGUCGGCUUGUAUACUGUCACAUCUCCCCCGACUGCCACCUGGCCCGAACAAGCACCUUGCGCUAUCUACCUGAGAUUGACCAAUGACAGUGCCAAAACGCCUCUGCUCUGUGUCCCAGUGGACCGAACACAGGCAAGCCACACGGUCGGGGGCCAAAUAAUUCUUGUUAGCUGUGGUUAAGCCGUCUGUUAUUUUUCUCAAUCUCAUUUUUGAUUGGUUGCACUUUGUUUUUGUUUUUUUUGUUUUUUAAAAAACUUUUUUACUAUGUUAAUUCGGAGAGUGAGAGUGAUGAUCUCUGUGUCUGUGUGUAUCGAUUGUGUGUUGUCCCACACAAGGUGUGUGUUGAUCUAUGUGUGUGAUGUCAGGCCUGUAUGGCGCAACCACAAUGGAACAAUAAAAUCGUUUGACCCCUC